AUGUCAAGAAACGUGUGGUCCGUGCUGGUGAUUUUGAUCUGCUUCUUGGUUUGCCCUAUGAGGAUCCGUGGAUUCUCAUGGAACAUCUUCUCCUCCUCGACUGCGCCCACGGGUGGUGAACGCGCUCCGAUGAUGGAGCUGGACGGCGUGGUGGCCGACUUUGCCAUGGACGGAGCCAAUGACCCUAGAGGACUCAAGUUGCUGGAGAACGCGCGGAAUAAGCUCGCCGGGCCGAGGAACUGCUGGCAGGAGGCAUACCGGAAGUUGUUCGCCAGCUGCGGCGACAUCAUGGCCGACAAGAAGAGGCAAUUGCGCCUGGCGUGGGCGUGGCACCUUAGCAGCUGCUUCCAGGACGACUCAGGGCGGCUGCCCUUCCCGUCCUGCGCUGAGGGCUCCAAGAUGGUGCACUGUCGCAAGCGACUCAAAGAAUCUGAAGGCAAGGUCUUCCUCGAGUUCUUCUUGGAGACCAACACCCUAUGCCACCAAUUGCAGGCUGAAGCUUUCAAGCACAACACUGAGAAACUCGUCAAUGAGCUCACAAGGACAUCCAAGUCUGCUAAGGAGAAGCUCGAGGUGAUCGAGGAGAGGUCAGAACAGAUCAUCAAAGAAUGUAGUAAAGUUCAGGACACACUGUCAUCGAUCGACAUGCAAGCCGACAACCUGGCAGAGACAUCAAAGCACGUCGCGGAGCAGAUCAACGUUGUGCUGGUUCACUCCAAGUCCAUCUUUGAGAAGUCCAAGGAGAUCGCUACCACUCAGGCAGAACUGAGUAAAGGACAAACAGAGAUAAGGGAGAAGAUUGAGGCCGGUAUGACGCGCGUUGAGGAAUCAUAUGAAAGGCUAGGAAAUGGGAUGGAUAAGAUAAAAGAAGAGACUGGAUAUAUGCAAAAGGAAAUUAAAAGUCUUGGUGAGUCAAUGUCUUCGAAGAUGCAGGACUUGCAGAGCACCGCUGAUGACAUUGGGAGUGUUGCUGGCAAGUCAUUGGAGAAUCAGAUGCAGCUACUAUAUGGACAGACCCAGGCAAUCGAUGGACUGAAUAAGCUCCACAGCUUUCAAGCGCAAGCUCUUGAAGAAAGCAGGGACUACGAAGUGCUGAACCACGGGCUGCUCCAGACGCUGGUCGAGAAAGUCCGGGCGCUGGAGGAAAAUGCCGGCAGGAGGGCGCCGGAGGAAGACGCCUCGGAGUCGGAGGAGAGCCUGAAGGACUACUCGUGGGUCUUCGACGAGCUGACAGACGAGGUGGACAGCAAGAUGGACCCAAUCACAUUUUGA